CGGGUGCGCAUGCGCGGCAGGGGCCGGGGUGGGCAGGGUUGACCUUUGCCCCUCCGGUGACCCUCCGGGCCUUCAGGCGGUGACGGCGGGGUCACCAUGGCGCUGCCCGGGGGCUGCUGGACCCGACUGUGGCUGUGGGGGGCGGCGGGAGCCCCCCGCCCCGCCCCGCCCCGCCGCCUGCCGCCCGGGACCCCGGCUUUGACCCCGGCUUUGACCCCGGGCCUGACCCCGGGCUUGACCCCGGCAGCCCCUAGGCCCCGCGGGCUCCACCUGUCCCCCAGGACGAGCGGUCGGGGCCUCUGGGCCUCCGUCCGGGCCCGAGCCAGGAUGGUCAACGAGAAAUACCAUCGGUUCCUGGAGCGUCGCUUUCCCGGCUUCUACGUCCUGUACACCACCUUCUUCAAAGGGUUCCGGGGGCUGGUGGCCGACGCCCAGGAGGCGCGCCGCAUCCGGCUGAGGAGGCUGGAGCAGGGGCUCAGCCCGCAGCGGCUCCCCUACAGGGACAUGGAGCACCUCCGCCAGUUCCGCCGCGACGUGAUGAAGUGUCUCUUGCUGGGCAUCGUGUCCAUCCCGCCGUUCGCCAACUACCUGGUCUUCCUGCUCAUGUACCUGUUCCCGCGGCAGCUGCUGAUCCGGCACUUCUGGACGGCGGCCCAGCAGGUGGAAUUCCUGGACGUGUACCACGCCCUCCGACGCCAGGCGCACCCGCUGGUCCUGAGCGGGCUGGACCGGGCCGCCGCCCUGGGGCCCGCCACCUCCACCGGCCACCUGCAGCGGCUCUGCGCCCGGCUGCAGGCCGGAGACCACCCCGACGUUGCCCAGCUCCUCGCUGUGCGAGACUGUUUCACAGACCGACCCCUGGGCCUCCACAGACUCCCUGCUGCCCACCUGAGAGCCUUGAGCCGGGGGCUGUUCCUGACCCCGUACCUGCCCGCCCCCCUCCUGAGGCACCGCUUGAAGAACCACACGAUCGAGCUCCUCUAUCUGGACCGAGCCCUGCUCAGGCUGGGGCCUAGCCAGCUGACCACCCAGGAAGUCAAAUCGGCGUGCUAUACCCGCGGCCUGGACUCCACCCACCUCGGGGAGGACCAGUGCCGGGACUGGCUGGAGGAGUGGCUGAAGCUGUCCCGCAACCUCAAAGAGGCGGACCUCUCCCUCCUGCUGCACGGCGUGGUCCUGCUGGACACCAACUACCGCGGGACGAGGACGAAGCGCUGAGCGGGGGGCGGCGCCCCAUCCCGUCGGGCCCUCCCAGCCCCCCGGGGGUGCCGAGGGGGGGCCGGGGGGCCGGCGGGGACGCCCCGGGGCGGGGACGACGGCUCCUCACAGCCGCCCGCCCCCUCCCCCCGGGCCUCGCCCUCACAGAGAGAAGGCCCCGCGCCCCGACGGCACCACGCGAGGCGGCCCUCGCCGCGGCGGCCGGAUCCCCCCACCCCGUGGGCGGCGCAGACCAGCGGCACGCCCCGCGCUCGGAGCACGUGUUUUAAUUUUACAUUUAAAUAUUUUCUUUAAAUACAGCAUUAUCACAAUGUAGUGAACCGAAGAGGCCAAAAAAAAAAACAAAAAAAAACCUA